AUGUACGCGCGUGUGGAUGUGCAGCAGGGCUGUCGUAGCUUUGAUCUUGAGGAAGCUUCUUUAGGUAAGCAACCCAUCGAGCGAGCGCUGUAUCCAAGUGUGGAUAUCGCACGGUUUACGUGGAAGAUUAAGAGCUUCUUGUCGUGGCCAAUUAAGUGUCGGAUGUUUGUCUUUAUAAUUGCAGAUCUGAAGACGUUGUGCAUUCGUAAAAGACGUACGUGGACGCUUGACUUUUUCUGGCACUGUAUUGAAAGACGCCAUCGUAAGCGGGGGAGACGACUGGGCUUAAAGAAUGAUGAAGGAGAGAGAGGACAAGAACGAUGA